CAUAUCCUCGUUGCGAAUCUCGCGCGAUCUCGGCGGCGGAUGACGACGACGGACGCCUUAGACGCGCUGCCGACGCCCGCGUCCUUCCUCCUGCAGGCCAUCUCCAUGGAGAUGCUCAGGGUCCCGCGCGGAGAGACGAUCGCGGUACCGACGCAGGCGCCGGCGCAUGAGCGCGUCCUCGCGUGGCAGUUUGCGGUGCAUGCGUUCGAUAUUGGGUUCCGCGUCGAGGUCGACGGCGAGCCAUGCGCCCAGUUCCGCCACCGGUACAACGCAGUCGAUAAGCUCGUCGAAGGGAUCCUCGAGGACGUUCCCGUCGGCAGCCUCGUGGUGCUCACAUGGGACAACCAGUACUCGCGGCUCCGAACCAAGGAGGUGAGCUACCGCCUGCUAUGGACAACGCACCAGGCGCUCCACGCCGCACGGGAAGCCGCGAACGAGUACAACAUCAAGUACAACAACGACGUCUACCGCGCCCGCUCGACAAGCGCGGUCGACCGCCCCAAGGCCUUCCGCAGCCCGCGGACGACGGCGUCGCAUGACGCGCUCUUGCAGCGUCUCGAGACCGCAGUUGUCGACACUGUCUCGCUCUUCAUGGAGCAGCCCAACGUGCCGCUGCAUGCGGGUGCUGCAAGGGACCUUGUCCUCGCGCUCGAAGCCAUCUUGCGCCACGGUAUCCACGUGCACCCCGCCGAUAUGUACGACGAGUGGCCCGAAGAAGCGUACUUUGGCUUUCUCAUCCAAACGCGUGACGUGCUUCGGGACGAUGCGUCCGUGGUGGCCGACGCACAGCUCUUUACGCCGCCGCCGUCGAUGCGCUACGUGGGCUGGAGCCGAGCCCGCGCCUUCCUCUUCUACGCGCUCAACCGCGGGCUGCUGCACCGUGCGCUCGAGAACCUGAUCAAGCGCCGCAGCCUCGUCGCCCGCUUUUACGAGCCCGAAAUGGCGUUUCUUGGGUCGUAUACGCGCGCCAAGGCGGCGAUUUCACUUCUCUCGGCGCUGCACGGCGUCACGUUUGCCCUUGCGCCGCUCCAAGACGACCUGAAUGUGUCCUUCUCGACAUUUCCACCCACGCUAUACAUGGAAGAUGCCAUGGCGCCGUUUGCGACGUCCGAGCUUGUGCUGAGCGACCCCGUCGAGGAAGGAGAUGUACUGCGCUUUGAUGGCGCGUCGGAGCCCGACGCCUUCGAGUCGAUUCGCGAGUGCACACCGAUGCGGUACCUUCUCCUCGGCCAACCGAUCAUCGACGUGGUCAUUCGCCGCAGUCAAUCGCUCGCGAUCCCGCUCUGGGAGCGCAACGACGCGGCGUCAAAUUUGGUGGUUGCGCUGCAGCUGCGGCUUUUGGGAAAUAGCGCGCAGGUGCGACUCUCGCUGCAGUGCGGUGAGGUGCCCGUGAGCCCCGUGCUCACGCUGUCCGCCUCAACGCAGUGGACCGAGCUUCUCAUCCGUGCGACCUUGCCAUCGCAUCAGUGUCUCUCACUGCUCAUUGACAACCGGAAUACGAUGGUGUGGUCCAAGCACGUCUAUUACCGCGCCCGCGUCGUCUCUGUUGCCGACUAUGUCCACGCGUGGGAGGCGUCCCGAGGCGCCGCCGAGGCCAUUUGCUGGAAGCUCGUCAUUCAGCGUGCGCUGAGCGCCACGAGCACCAUCAUCGCCGAGCUCGAGGCGGACGAGGAGCGACUGCUACAACAGCAGCGCCCACCCGUAAUCCCGCAAGAAUCGGAAACCUCCUACUCUGAGCUGCUGUUUGGGUCGUGGCUCGGGGCGCGGUCGGACGCGGCGUGUGGCCAAUGCAUGGAGCCCUUUUCUCUCUUUCGCCGCGCGCAAGAGUGUCCUAUGUGCUUGAAGCAGUGUUGUGCCAAUUGCACACGCCACGUCAUUCCACUGCCGCGGUCGGGCGACGACGGCUACGUGUGUGACCGCUGCUACUUGAAGGCGCUCGAUAUCGAGCUGGCGGCGCGGCAGGAACAUACGGACGGACGCGGAGAGAACGCGGCGCUCGAGGCGCUGCGACAAAACCCGUCCAUGGACAAGUACUUCAAGAUGUUAUCAUUUGGCGUCCCCGCAUCGGCCGUCGGGCAAAAGAUGCAGCAGGACUACAUUGAUGCCGACAUCAUCCACGUCUUUACAUCAGCAUUGGACCCGACCGGCGCAAGCACGAGCGCGCGAAGCCACGGCCCAGCAGCGUCGAGUCGUUCGCCAAUGUUGUUGCGCAAGAAGAGCAACCUCCGCAAGCUGCAUUGGACCGCACUGGACGCGAAAAAGGUGGAUGUCCAGUCGUCCAUCUGGCACCGCCAAACCGACAAGCGGCGGAAGGCGCCGAUGGCCCUCUCGAGCAGCGACCUCGACCGCCUCGUUGACCUCUUUGGCGACAAUACAACGACGAAAUCGAUGAAAAAGACGGCGUCGAAAGCAGGCUUCUCGGCCCUUGACGCGCGGCGCUCCAACAACAUCAACAUUGCGCUCAGCCGGUUCAAAUCGAUCGCGAAUGGCGUCAGCGGCGUCAUCGCUGCGCUGACGGCGUGCGACCUUUCCAUCUUGCACGUGGAUUUACUCCAAACACUGGAUGAGAUUGCACCGACGCCAGCUGAGGCCAAGCGCUACAGCAAUUUUCGGGGUAAAGUCACGGAUCCUGCCGAAGGUUUCCUGAUUGAGCUCGCCAAGCAGCCGCGCGUGGCUGAAAAAAUCAAGUCGCUUCUCUACGUCGUGCUGUACAAGAGCAUGGCAGCGGCGUUGCGCCAGCAACUCGAAGCGAUUGCGGUCGCUGCGAGAGACAUUCUCCAAAGCGAGCGGCUUCCCCGGUACUUUGAGAUCGUCCUCGCGCUCGGCAACGUGCUCAACGAGGGCACUGAGCACGCCGACGCGUCAGGCGUCACCCUCGCCUCGCUCCUCAAGCUCUCCGAGACGCGCUCGAUGGACCAAAGUAUCACGCUUCUUCAGUACCUCAUGACGCUCAUCCACGCACGCGGUGAGACGGAUUUGUUUCAGAUUUUGCACGAGUUUGCAUCACUUGAGACUGCGCAGCGCUACUCGAACGUGCUCUGCCUCUCGCAGUGUGCGCUGCUGCAAAAAGGUCUGGCCAACCUCAAGUACGAAAUCAAAGAAGAGAAGCUUCAAGAGCACGUGCUUUGGGAGCGUGCGCAGCACCAGGCGCAAAAUCAACAGAAGCAAGCGAUCGUCCGGCAAAACUCGGUGGCGCCCUCCGGAGGUCGGUCGGCGCUGCUCUCGGCCAUACGUCGCCAAGCCAGCACGGUCGACGCCAUCGACGAAGGCGACGAAGCGCCACCGCGGGGGGCCCUCCUCGCAGCAAUCCGGCAGCAGCACGCCAACACUAAAGACGUUGCCAGUCCUCCCGCCACCACUCCGCAGCAUGCGUUGCUGGCAGCAAUUCGCCAGCGCUCUGAGAACCAGACGGAAUCGACGAGUCGUGCCGCCGAGGCCUCUCCACCCGCAGACCCUCGCGCAGCGCUGUUUGCUGCGAUCAAAAAGAAAGCGUCGACCCACGAGGCCGGCGGGGAGAACCCCCGUGCUGCUCUCAUGGCUGCCCUUCGCACACCAAGCCCCGACUCGGCAACAGCAAAGACUGCCGCGGCGACAGACAACUCUCGUGCUGCUCUCAUGACUGCGCUUCGUCAGCCAAAGUCAACUCCAACGACACCUGCUUCGCCCGAGCCGAGUGCUACGGGAGGUCGUAAUGCUCUCUUGGCCGCGAUUCGCAAGGAAACGCGAAAUGUUCCAACGAAUGCGACGACGCCAGUCGUUGUCGCUCCCGUUGUCCUUCCCUUUGUGACGGUCAUGGAAAAGCAAGCCGCAGAUAUCGCAGAGGACCUCGCCAAGCUCCAAGACGACGUGACCGUCAUGACGGAAGCGUGGCUCCAAGCCGCGCAGUACCUCGGCGAGAGUCCGUCUUCGAGCUCCGACUAUGUCCUUGGCUUGCUCCACCGCUUCAUCAUGGACGUCAAAGUCGCUUAUAAGCUCCUCGUUGCCAAAGGCCAUUUACCGCCCGCGCAUGCGUCGACCACCAGUGUGGGAGACAGUAUUGCUACUGUGUUCGGUCCUGCCGUUGUGCUCGCGGUGCGGCAUGCCGGAGCGCAGAUCGAAGUCAAAUUUGCUUGGGCCCAGUCGGCGUUUCUGAACCCUGCGAGCAUCCUGCAACCGAGCGACCGCGUGAUGUGCCGCCUCUUUGGUUGCGGCAUCGUCACGGCCACCAACUAUGGACGCGGUCUGCUCUGCGUGCGGUUCCCCUUUGGCUUUGCGACGUUGCGCGUCGACGAUAUUUUGUACAGAAUUGUCCUCUCCUCUGUCGACGCCCACGACCAAGCGCUCGAGAUGCGCCACGGUGAUCCGAUCCAGACGCCGUUCGGGCCCGCAACGUUGCUCUCGGUCACGCCACGAGGCUGCGUCUACGGUCCCUCCGCAUCUGGUCUUGUCCACGCGAUCAAUCCGGGGCUCGGGCACCUCUACGUCGACGCCAAACACGUCACGUUUGCGUACUAGUUGCUAGUGUAUCUCUGUGUCGUCCACUCUCGCAGCAGAUCGGGAGCGCUGCCUUUCAAGGCAGAAUGACCCUCAUCGAUGCAACAAUAGCACGAGGCAGGGUGCACCAAGGGCCCCUUGGGUGUCAUCAGACAGAGAAGCUCUCUUUGGAACCCGGAUCUACCUGUGGUUAACCAGUGUCUUAUACCCAUCCACCAAAUGUGAACCCCUGGCCUCAGACACUGUAUCGCCC